AUGUCCGAUACAUCAGAUUAUGAACGCGAUCGUCAAGCAACCAUUGCCCGGAAUCGUGAGCUCCUAGCACAGCUCGGUCUCUCGGAUGCGGCGUCAGUAAUCAAACCCACGGACGAUCCGAAGACCAAAGCGAAACCGGUCCAGCCCCGUGCUAAGAAGCCGAAGGAGGCGCCAUUACCCACCCGCCAGUCAACCCGACUGCGGAGGGGCGCAAUAGAUCCUAAUGAGAGCCCUGCUGCGAAGAGGAAACGAGAGCGCGCAGAAGAAGAACAGAGGCGAAGGGGAGAGGAGGAGCGUCGUGAGGCGGAAGAGCGCGAGAGAGCGGCGAAGCGUCCUAGACAUCAUGAGCUAGAUCUCGAUGCAUUGGCGGAUGUGGCCUCCCCCGAAGAGCUAUCGGACCUCAAGUCCAUCUUCCAAACUGUACUCAAAACGCCCCGACCUAGAAAAAAGGCGGCCGAAGAUGCGUUCGUUUUCGAAGAUCACAAGGCGGAAAAGGCGGAGGUGGAGGAGCUCCAGGAGAAGAUGAGCAAGCUCAAAGUCGUUGCGCGCGCCAAGGUCACUCAGGACAGAGUCUACAGCGCUGCAUAUCAUCCAGAGCCUACCAAGGAUCUGAUCUUCUUUGGAGACAAGCAUGGGCAACUUGGUAUAUGGGAUGCUCGUGCUCCUGUAGACGAGGUCACAGAUGACGACGACGAGAGGCCGACAGACGACAGGGAGGGUGGCAAGUACUACCGCCUUCAGAUGCAUUGGCCAGCUACUUCCAAAUCAUCUAUAUCAUGCAUCAAGUUUGACCCCAUAGACGCUUUCACUGUAUACACCAGCUCAUAUGACUGUACUGUACGGUCUCUAUCUCUUGUGUCGGGAAUCUCGAGCGAGAUUUUCGCGACCGACGAUGUUCUUAUUACUUCUGUCGACCUACCACCCCAAGGGCAAGAGAUGUGGAUUUCCGACGCCAUGGGUGGUAUCACACAGAUGGACCUCCGUGCAAGCCGUUCUUACGCCAAGCGGUACAACAUAGGAACUCACAAGAUCGGCAAUGUCAGUAUCAACCCGACUCACCCAUACUUUCUCGUGACUGCUUCCAACAAUCGUGAUCUGACAGUCUGGGACACGCGGAUGCUUAUCGACCUGGAUGGGACUGCCCCUUCAGCUCCUGCCAACGAGUCUCCGCGCAAAGGGAAGGCCAAAGCUGUCGAUGUCGUUACGUUUCCCAAGGAGGUGGAAGCAGAGGCAAUCACCGAGCUGUUGGAUGCACCGAGCGGUUUAUCCGUGAAACGAGCACGGUGGAGUCACAACAAAGCUGUCAGUGCAGCUUACUGGGAUCCCCGAGGGCGUUCAAUCGUCAGCACAAGCUAUGACGACACACUCAGGCUGUGGGAGUAUAAGCCCUCCCAGCUUGUCAAGGAGGAGCCAUUCCCAUCUGCACGACCAUUCAGCCAGAUCCAGCACAACUGCCAAACAGGGAAAUGGCUAACCAUCUUGAGAGCUCAGUGGUCGCCCAACCCGGACGUCUACCCUCACUUCACAAUUGGGAACAUGAAUCAUUCGGUGGACGUCUACUCUUGCAAGGGCGAUCACAUCGCUACUCUAGCCGAUAAGUCCAAGAUCACGGCCGUUCAAGCUGUGACUUGUUCUCAUCCGAGUGUGGUGGAGCGUAUAGCCACAGGUAAUGGCAGUGGUAGAUGUGUGUUGUGGGCACCAGACCACUCGUGA